UCGAUAUUUACAAUGGGGGCUAAAUUGAUAUGUACAUGUGCCUCUAUUUAAAUCAAUGUUUAUGUGAACUUGGUGUAUUCUGACAGACUACAAACAUAUUUAAAGUAACUGCUCAUCUUUGGACUUUGCAGUAUUUAUCAUACCGGUAAUACCAUUGGCACAGAAAUAUUUACAGGCAGAUACUUACACAUUCAGAGGCUGGUAUGGCCCACUACAGUUUGGUUAGGUUCACCUUCAGUAGUACACCUAGUUCUCUUAAACUCAAGACUCCGUGUGGGCCAUGCCAUUAUCAUCAAUAUAAAGAGCUAGGUUUGGUCAUGGCGGACAUCGAUCAUUACCAUCUGAAACUGAAAGUUCCGUGUCUGGAGGAUGGCAGGUUUUACCGCAACCCCAAGGUAGAGCCCGAGAAAGUGUGGACCAUCUCCGAGUGUUCCAAAUACUAUCUCUGCCUCGAUGGUGAAGUGUUUGGAUUUAAAUGUUCCACAGGCCUACUGUUUGAUGUCAACAGGCAGAUAUGUGACUUUAAGAUAAAUGUAGACAAUUGUGAUGUGGUGGCAGAGGCAAAGGUGCCACAGCCAUUACUUGAAGCAGCUGAAUGUGAAAAUCCUGACCAUUUGGGCUGUGGAGACGGUUCAUGUUUACCAAAUGAAUUUUUCUGUGAUGGUAGUGUCGAUUGUGCAGAUGGUUCAGACGAGGGCUGGUGUGAUGCAGAUCAUGAUCCAAAUGCAGCUUUACCCUGUAAUCCACACACCUGUAAACUUCCAGACUGCUUCUGCUCACGAGAUGGAACCCUUGUUCCAAAUAACAUGGAGCUCUCUCAGGUUCCACAGAUGAUUAUACUGACAUUUGAUGAUGCCAUCAACUCUGAGAACUGGGACCUUUACACACAACAUCUAUUUAUUCCAGAGAGGAAGAACGCAAAUGGUUGUCCAAUCCGUGGCACUUUCUAUGUUUCACAUCAGUAUACAAAUUACCAACAGACUCAAAAAUUGUGGAAUGAUGGUCAUGAAAUUGCAGUUCAUUCAAUCACACACCGAGGGCCUGAAGAGUGGUGGAGCAGUAAUGCUACAAUAGAAGACUGGUUUGACGAAAUGGUGGGCCAAGCCAAUAUCAUCAACCGCUUUGCUGGUGUGCGAAUGGAGGAUAUUAGGGGGAUGAGAGUGCCAUUCUUAAGAGUUGGUUGGAAUCGUCAGUUCCUUAUGAUGAAGGAAUUCGGUUUUAUUUAUGAUGCCUCUAUGGUAGCUCCUUUCUCAGACCCUCCACUGUGGCCUUACACAUUGGAUCAUAAGAUUCCACAUCAGUGUACAGGAAACAAACAACGCUGCCCCUCCCGCUCCUAUGCUGGUAUCUGGGAGAUGGUGAUGAAUCAGCUGGCAAUUGAGGGAUACACCUGUGCUAUGGUAGACAGUUGUCCACCCCACCUCUCAGGGGAUGAAGUAUACAAUAUGCUCAUUCACAACUUCAAGCGGCAUUACAACACUAACAAAGCUCCAUACGGACUUUACUUCCAUACAACUUGGUUUAGAAAACCAGAAUAUCUUGCAGCUUUUAAGAAAUUUAUGGAUGAAAUGGUAAAACUUCCUGAUGUGUGGUUUGUGACAAACUGGCAAGCAAUUGAAUGGAUGAAGAAACCAAUACCAGUUAAUCAACUAAACCAAUUUGAACCCUGGAACUGCAAACGACAGCUGGAGUCAAAUGAAUUUGCCUGCAAUAUUGGAAAGAGCUGCAAACUGCACAGUCGAGUCCUACAAGCUGACCGCUACUUGUAUACAUGUUACGAGUGUCCCAAACAGUACCCAUGGAUAAGAAAUGAGUUUGGUCUAGAUUAA